AUCGCCAGACUUUAGAGACCACUUUCCUCAUCCUCCUUUCUUCAAUAUAAAGCAGAGUCGCCUCCACAACUUCUUCACACAAAACAACUAUCAACAGGUAACAAGAAGAAGAAGUUAAAAUAUAAAGAAGAGAAUAAUGGAAUCCAUCAAGUUCAAUCCAACAGUAACCAAUUCUUCGAGCAGUUCAACGCCUAUCGUCAUGGCUUUUCCUGUGUCGGAUGAACUGCUCGGCACCUUCGUGCCUAUUGCAGUUUAUUGGAUAUAUUCAGGCAUCUAUGUGAUGCUCGGUGAUUUGAACCAUUACAGGCUUCACACAAAGGCUGAAGAGGAAACAAAGAACGUUGUUUCAAAGGGAACCGUUGUGAAGGGCGUCCUCGUCCAGCAAGCUUUCCAAAUAGCCGUCUCCCUCCUCCUCUUCACGUUCAUGAGCGGUGACAGCGGCGUCGUCUUGCCUCAACCUUCUUUUCCGGUGAUCAUCCUCCAGUUCAUCGUGGCCAUGGUGGUGUUGGACACAUGGCAGUACUUCAUGCACCGAUUCAUGCACAUCAACAAGUUCCUGUACAAGCACAUCCACUCCAAACACCAUAGCCUUGUAGUCCCCUACGCCUUUGGAGCUCUCUACAACCAUCCGCUCGAAGGGCUGAUUCUUGACACAAUUGGGGGAGCUCUCUCCUUUCUGAUUUCAGGGAUGACACCUAGAACCGCCAUAUUCUUCUUCUCCUUCGCCACCAUCAAAACUGUUGACGACCAUUGCGGUCUCUGGCUUCCUGGAAACUUGUUACAUGUUUUCUUCAACAACAACAGUGCUUAUCAUGACAUCCACCAUCAGCUGUAUGGCACAAAGUACAACUUCUCUCAGCCAUUCUUUAUCACUUGGGAUAAGAUCCUUGGAACUCACAUGCCUUACUCGCUUGAGAAGAGAAAGGAGGGAGGAUUUGAGGCUCGCCCGAUCAAGAAGAUUGAUUAAUUGAGUAAUUUAAGAAUUAUUUCUUUUGCUGAUCUGCUUUCAUGUUGCGCAGAAGUCGCCAUUUUUAGUUUGAUAUUUAAUGUAAAGUAAUGAUUUACUUCUUUUGAAAGAGCAGAGAUUAAUAUAUUAGAAAAAUAUGUUGAAAA